AUGGUUGUUGUUGAUAAGGUUAAGGUUACUGUGGAUUCAGCCAGGGUCAUUGAGGCCGAGAUGCUCACGCCGAAGUCAUUUGCCACGUUUGGAUCUGUAUUCUCAGCGGAUGAACAGAUUCAAGAUGCCGAGAAAACUUCAGCCAAUCAAGGAACUGCCACGAAGCUCCUGAAAGUCGCACCUGUUAUCAACAAUAGUGAGCAGGCACCUUCUGGAAGAAUGGCUACGGCCAACUGGAACAUCUUCAGAUCUUAUCCACCCAAUCAUCUCAUGACUAAAGAUGGAGAUACAGUGAGUUAUUUGGCCAGAGUUCUAGAGAGACACCCAUAUACUACGCAGACGUUCAUACCAAUGGGUCUAGAUGCUCACCAGAUAGGUUUCCUUGUGAUUUGUGCUCCUAAUGAUACAGCACACGGCAAUUUACCCGAUUAUAGAAGAGCACGGGCAUUUUUGUGCCGAGGAGAUCAAUCAGUGACCUACGGUGUUGGUACCUGGCAUGCUCCAAUGGUGGCAUUAGGACCAGGAUAUCACCUAGAUUUUGCAGUAUUAGUACACGAAAAUGGGGUUCCUAAUGAAGACUGUGAGGAGGUGCUGUAUGAACCAGGGUUUCAUGUUAGUUAUGUAGUUUAG